AACAAUCCCACAACUUCACCACCGCAUCUGCGAGACAGAGCGCCGCACCAGUCAUGGCCGAAGCAAGAGAAUACGAUCCUGAGAUCAAGGACAUUGCCAACUACGUCCAAAGCUACAACGUCGAUUCCGAGCUUGCUGUGAGUAUCUUUUUCUUUGCCUCUUACCAUCCCCUUCUUCCCACUGCUGUUCGGGGCAAGACCCGCCUGAGUUUUACCCCGCGUCACAACCAGACCACCGCCGCUAACCGCCGCUUUCAUGACAACAGUUCGACACGGCACGAUGGGUUUUCCUGGACACUCUGGGCUGUGGUCUUGAGGGCCUCCGCUUCAAGGAGUGCAGUAAGCUCCUGGGUCCCAUUGUCCCCGGCACUGUUGUCCCCAAUGGCCCCAAGGUCCCUGGUACCGACUUCCAGCUCGACCCCGUGAAUGCUGCCUUUAACAUCGGUGCCAUGAUCCGCUGGCUCGAUUACAACGACUGCUGGCUCGCCGCCGAGUGGGGACACCCUUCCGACAACUUGGGUGCCAUCCUGGCCGUGGCCGACUGGAUCACUCGUACCAACAAGGCCGGCGGUAACAUUGCUGGCGGCAAGCAGUUCACCAUCCGGGAUGUUCUUGAGGGUAUGAUCAAGGCCCACGAGAUUCAGGGCUGCCUGGCUCUUCUGAACUCCUACAACAAGGUCGGCCUGGACCACGUUGUCCUGGUCAAGGUCGCCAGCACUGCUGUUGUCUCCAAGAUGCUCGGCCUCAACGAGAAGCAGAUUGCCGACGCCGUCACCCAGGCCUGGGUCGACGGCCAGAGCUUGCGCACUUACCGUCACUCUCCCAACACCAUGUCCCGCAAGUCGUGGGCUGCCGGUGAUGCCUGCCAGCGCGCCGUCAACCUGGCCCUCAAGGUCAUGAAGGGCGAGCAGGGCAUCCCUACCGUUCUGUCUGCUCCCGUCUGGGGUUUCUACGAUGUUCUGUUCAAGGGCAAGAAGUUCGAGUUCCAGCGCCCGUACGGCAGCUACGUCAUGGAGAACGUUCUCUUCAAGGUCUCCUACCCUGCCGAGUUCCACUCCCAGACCGCCGUCGAGGCAUCCUCCAAGAUUCACCAGCAGCUCAAGGAGAUGGGCAAGUCAGCGGCCGACAUCAAGGGCGUCACCUGCCGCACGCACGAGGCCUGCAUCCGCAUCAUCGACAAGCAGUUCAAGCCCAUGGACAACUUUGCCGACCGUGACCACUGCAUCCAGUACAUGGCCGCGACCAUGCUCGUCUUCGGCCGCCUCGAGGCUACCGACUACGUCGACGGCAGCGAGGCCGCGACCUCCCCUCUCGUCGAGUCCCUGCGCCAGAAGUUCAAGUGCGUCGAGGACCCCCAGUUCACCAAGGACUACCACGACCCCGCCCUCCGAACCAUCUCCAACGCCCUGACUGUCGAGCUGAACGACGGCACGGUACUCGAGGAGGUUGUCGUCGAGGCACCUCUCGGUCACCGCCUGAGAAGAGAGGAGGCCAAGCCCGAGAUCCUCAAGAAGUACAAGAGGCACUUGGAGCCCCACUUCGAUGCCGGCAGAGUCAAGCAGCUUGUUGACCUUGGCCUGGACCCCAAGAAGUUGGAGGCCACUCCUGUGGAUGAGUAUGUCGAUCUGUAUGUUGCCAAGGACAGCAAGUUCGUCUAGGCGGUGGCGCAUAAAUGAAUUUUAGGAAAAGAU